AUGGGGAACAUGACCCGACUUGAGUCGUUGGAUCUUUCCCAAAACGACUUCUCAGGAGAAAUCCCUCCCAAGUUGGUGCAGCUCACAUUUCUUGCUUUCUUCAAUGUCUCCGAUAACCAUCUCACGGGACCUAUUCCUCGAGGGAGGCAACUCGAUGCAUUUGAUAACAGUUCGUUCAUGGGAAACUUGGGACUGUGUGGCGAUCCAUUAUCGAACAAGUGUGAACAUUCAGAGGUGCCUACCUUGAAGACCAAAAAACAAGACUCGGGUUCUAUGUUUGACUACUUCAAUUGGAUGACUUUGUUUUUUGGAUAUCUUGGUGGACUAGUCGUUGGGAUCGUUAUUGAGAACGUUGUUACAACCAUUUAUGGAUGGUCGGGAACGACAAUGAGAGAGUGGAGGGGAGACAGAGCACGAAGCCAGUUUGACCAAAAUGACAUGAUUUAA